AUGUCAGAACCAGAACAAUCAACAAGCAACAGUUCUGCGAUACCAAAGUCUACAAUACCAACAGUUAAUCAACCAAUACCUUUAAAAAUACUCGCUAUAGGAUCGGCUUACGAAGAUACGAUACUUUACGUAGACAAAUUCCCUCCUGAAGAUGGUAAACAAAGGGCUCAAAGAGUUGAAAAAAGAAGAGGUGGUAAUUCAGGAAAUACUCUUACUGUUUUGUCACAGUUUCCUAAUGUAGGCGCAUGGUUUAUGGCUUCUAUGGCUUCUAAAGAGGCAUCUACAUUUUUGAUUCAAGAUUUCGAAGCACACAGUAUAAAGACUACAACAUGUAUAUUUAGGUCUAGUGCAACGCAUGCCCCAGUUGCUUAUAUUAUUCAUGCUGAUAAUACAAGUUCAAGAACUAUUAUAAAUUAUAACAGCAUAGAUGAAUUAACAUUUGAAGAAUUUCAAAAAAUAUUUGAUGAUACCUGUUCAGUAGAUAAUUCAUCUAUACCUUUUAAUUGGAUUCACUUUGAAGGACGUAAUGCAGCUGAAGAAGCAAAAAUGAUUGAUUAUAUUGAUACUAAAGAUUGGAGAAAUAAUGCUAUUAUAAGUGUUGAAUUUGAAAAACCUUUUAGAAGAGGAUUAGAAGUUUUAAUUGAUAAGGCUGAUGUUUUAUUUUUUUCCAAGGUAUUUGCUGAAGGUAAAGGAUAUGAUCAUGCAGAUGAAUUUUUGCAAAUUAUGGGUCCUUAUUGUAAAGACACCGCCCUUUUAUUUUGUACUUGGGGUUCGUCCGGUGCAAUGUGCUUUCACAAUCCAACUAAAAAGUUUUACUCUGCACCGGCUUUAGCAAUACCAAGUGUAGUUGAUAGUGUAGGUGCUGGUGAUACAUUUAAUGCUGGUGCUAUAUACAGUUUAUCGCAGGGAAUGUCCCCUGAAAGUUGUCUAAGAUUCUCUUGUGAGUUGGCAGGUAGAAAAUGUGCUCAGAGUGGAUUUGAUGGUAUUGUUGAGAAAAUGAAAUUAGCUGCAAUGAAAAGGGAAGAAAAUGCUGCAAACAAGCAAAUGAUUUGA